CGUCAACGGGAGCUCAACCGCCCGCCCUGUGCCUCGCCUGUCGUUCAGUGGGAAGGCAGCGUUAGCCUCGUCAUCCAGCUCCCGCCAACCACCAUCAACAACCCACCACAACCCCCCAUCCCGCCAACGACGAAGCUCCCCUCCCGGCGAAAACACAUAUCAACCACGCCCACAACCACGACCGCCGACAAAGUAAUUCAGCGGCCCGACCUAGAGGCAGCACAAUCGCCAAUAUGCCCGGCUUCGACUUCUCAAACUACAACCGCAAUGCGGCGCUACAUGCUCGGGGAGUCCCGCUGCCCAAGGCGACCAGCACAGGAACGACUAUUGUCGGGUGCAUAUACGAAGGUGGCGUGGUGAUCGCUGCCGACACAAGAGCCACCUCGGGCCCCAUCGUCGCCGACAAGAACUGCGAGAAGCUGCACUACAUCGCGUCCAACAUCUGGUGCGCGGGCGCCGGCACGGCCGCCGACACCGAGUUCACAACCGCCCUGAUCAGCUCGCAGCUGGAGCUGCACGCCCUCUCGACGGGCCGCAAGGCCCGCGUAGUCACCUGCAUGACGAUGCUCAAGCAGCACCUGUUCCGGUACCAGGGCCACAUCGGCGCGUACCUGGUGGUGGCGGGCGUGGACCCGACCGGCACGCACCUGUUCACGGUGCACGCGCACGGGUCGACCGACAAGCUGCCGUACGUGACGAUGGGGUCGGGCUCGCUGGCGGCCAUGUCGGUGUUCGAGACGCAGUGGAAGGCGUCGCUGACGCGGGACGAGGCGGUCAAGCUGUGCGCCGACGCGAUCGAGGCGGGCAUCUGGAACGACCUGGGGUCCGGCAGCAACGUGGACGUGGCCGUCAUCACCGCCGACAAGACGACGCUGAUGCGCAACUACAUCAAGCCCAACGAGCGCACCCAGAAGCUCAGGAGCUACGCCUUCCCCAAGGGCACCACCGCCGUGCUCAACGAGAAGAUCAUCCGCAAGGCGGACCUGGGCAACUUCGUCAGCGUGCACGAACUGACCGAGGAGAACGACGACAAGAUGGAGGUCGACACCUAAAUGGUGGUCCAGCCCUGCGGGGGUGCUUGGGCGCGGGGGCGGGAGUUCUGACGGCAAAGGGUCCGGGUGGCUAGACAGACAGACAUGUUCUUGUACAAAUAACGGGAUCACGAUGCCGCGGGUUCUUGCACAACC